CCAUCGGGCACAGUACGCCCCUGGACAAUGCGAGUUCGUUGUCCAACCGAAGUCUGUUUUUCCCCCACACGCUUUGUUUCAGUUUACAUUGACUUGUUGCUGUUCUUUCUGCCAUUUCGUUUAUCAGCACGAACGCGUGACGGCGGCAACAGCGUCGGGAGCAGCUCCAACACUUUCAGUCUUGUCUUGCCGGAGAGAGGUCCACAGAUCGCACAAGCUUCAGUAUGGUUAUCAAUUUCGCCGCCGGUCCCGCCAAAUUGCCCGAGGAGGUUCUGAAGGAGGUGCAGAAAAAUCUUCUUGACUGCAAUGGCAGCGGCAUAUCGGUUAUGGAAAUGUCCCACCGUUCCAGCAGCUACGGCAAGAUCCAGGAGACGGCCAUCAACGAUCUCCGCGAGCUCCUCAACAUCCCCAGCAACUACAGGGUUCUUCUGAUGCAGGGCGGUGGCACCGGGCAGUUUGCUGCCGUCGCCCUCAAUCUGAUUGGUGUCACUGGCACCGCCGAUUACGUCAUUACCGGCUCAUGGUCAGAGAAGGCAGCCAAGGAGGCGGCCCAGUACGGCAAGGUGAAUGCCGUUCUUCCCAAGGAGGCCAAGUACAUAUCCGUGCCCCGACAGAACAGCUGGAAGCUGGACCCCAAGGCCUCGUAUGUCUACUACUGCGACAACGAGACUGUCGAGGGCGUUGAAUUUGACUUUGUGCCAGAAGUGCCGGCCGGUGUGCCGCUGGUGGCUGAUAUGUCGUCCAACUUCCUUUCGCGGCCCAUCGAUGUUGCCAAGUUUGGGGUAAUAUUUGCCGGCGCACAGAAGAACAUUGGACCAGCGGGCACAACAGUGAUAAUUGUGCGCGAGGAUCUGAUUGGCAAGCAUCUGAAGAGCACACCAUCCAUUCUGAACUUCCAACUGAUGGACAAGAACAGCUCCCUGAUGAACACCCCACCCACAUUUGUCAUCUACGUGAUGGGCUUGGUUUUCAAGUGGAUCAAGCGAAAUGGCGGCAUCGCUGGCAUGUCCAAGCUCGCCAACGCCAAGUCGCAGCUCAUCUAUGAGACCAUCGAUAAGUCCAACGGCUUCUAUUACUGCCCCGUGGACUCGAAUGUGCGCUCCCACAUGAACGUUCCAUUCCGCAUUGGCAGCGCCGCCGGCAAUGAUGCACUGGAGAAGGAAUUUCUGGCCAAGGCCGAGGCUGAUGGCAUGAUCCAGCUGAAGGGCCACCGCUCAGUGGGCGGUAUACGUGCAUCGCUGUACAAUGCCGUCACCCUGGAGGAGACGCAGCAGCUGGCAAAUCUCAUGGUGGAGUUUUACAAAAACAAUAAAAAAUAAGACAUCUUGUUGAUUUAUAUUUACAAAA